AUGAGUUCAAAAUCUGACAAAGAUACUUUAAUUGAUAUGGGCUUUUCGUCGGAUAUGGUGGAUAAAGCAAUGAAGGCUACAAAAGGUGCAGGUUUACAACCUGCUAUGGAUUGGUUAUUAUCACAUCCUGACGGCGAUAUUGGACAACAAAUUGGUGAAUCUUCCUCCUCCUCUUCUUCUACAGUCAAAAAUAAUGAAGAUGAUGAUGGUGAAAUUAAAGACGGUGAACAAACAGCCCAAUCAUUACAAUGCAACGAUUCUGGCGCUGCACAACGUCAUGCUUUAAAAUCAGGUCAUGUCGACUUUUCUGAAUCGACAACAGCAAUCAAAAAACUUACAGAAGAAGAAAAACAAGCAAAAUUAAACGAAUUGAAGAAAGCUAUGGCAGACAGACGUGAAGCUCGUAAGCUAGCAGAACAAGAAGAAGAGAUAAAUCGAGAGAAGAUUCGACGCAAAGCUGGCAAAGAAUUGGUAGAAGUCAGAGAAAAAAUUGAAGAAAGAGAACUGAAGAAAGCUAUCGAAGAAAGAAAAAAGGAGAAAGAGCAAGAAAAAUUGGCCAAGGCAAAAAUAAGAGCCGACAUUGAGGCUGAUAAAAGAGCAAGAGCUGCAAAGAAAAAUAUUGGAUGGUGA